CGCGAUCCGUCGAACGCCGCGUGGCCUGUACCUUGUCAUUCCCCCGUUUUCCCUCCAGCUCACGCACACAUACACACACUCUUGCUGACUUACGGUCAUGUCGGACGUCAACGCGCUCGUGUUCCAGCCCCUGAACCAGUUCUUCAAGAACUCGUUGCACCUGAUCAAGAAGUGCAACAAGCCCGACCGGAAAGAGUUCGCCCGUAUCGCCGGCGCCACGUCUGUGGGUUUCCUCAUGAUGGGCUUCAUCGGCUUCUUCGUGAAGCUCGUGCACAUCCCUAUUAACAACAUUCUCGUGGGCGGCAGCGCUUAGUCCCGCGGUCUACUGCUCCCUCCUUUGGAGUUUAAUAUGUCGAGCCUUUCAGCCCGCGUCGAUAACUCAAUAGACAGUAGCUUUAUGUACACAACUGUCUAACUGUCGGUCCAGUUCUUGCCACAGUACUCAGUAUCU